AUGCCGCCUCCCCACUAUGACUUCUUGAUCAAGCUUCUACUCAUCGGUGACUCAGGUGUCGGGAAGUCUUGUCUAUUGCUGCGGUUCUGCGACGACGCCUGGACGCCCUCCUUCAUCACGACUAUCGGCAUAGACUUCAAGAUUCGGACAAUCGAGCUCGAUGGCAAGCGCAUUAAGCUCCAGAUUUGGGACACUGCUGGACAGGAGCGAUUCAGGACUAUCACGACGGCAUACUACCGUGGAGCGAUGGGUAUCCUCCUCGUAUACGACGUAACGGACGAACGGUCGUUCAACAACAUCCGCACAUGGCACGCGAACAUUGAGCAGCACGCCUCAGAGGGUGUAAACAAGAUUCUCAUUGGCAACAAGUCUGACUGGACCGAGAAGCGCGCCGUCACCGAGGAGCAGGGCCGGGAGCUCGCCAACGAGCUCGGCAUCAAGUUCAUGGAGACCUCCGCCAAGGUCAACGAGGGCGUCGAGGAGGCCUUCUUCACCCUCGCAAGAGAUAUCAAGACGCGCCUCAUCGACUCGCAAGCAGAGUCAUCGGGCGCAGCGGGUGGUCCGCAGGGCACGGAGGGCGCCGUCAAGGUCAACCAGCCCGCAAGCCAGGUGCAGGGCGGCUGCUGUACUUGA